GAAGGAGCUAACCCAUUCCUGCCUAGGAGGUUGUGGGAGAAGGAAGAUGGCCAGAGCUUUGUGUCCACUUCAUGCCCUCUGGCUUCUGGAGUGGGUGCAGCUGCUCUUGGGACCCGGUGCUGCACCUCCAACCUGGGCCUUGAACCUGGACCCGGUGCGACUCACCUUCUACACAGGCCCCAAUGGCAGCUACUUUGGGUUUUCAUUGGACUUCUACAAGGACAGCCGUGGGAGCGUGUCCAUCGUGGUGGGCGCCCCACGGACCCUGGGCCGCAGCCAGGAGGAGACAGGCGGCGUUUUCCUGUGCCCCUGGAAGGCCGAGGGCGACCAGUGUACCUCGCUGCCCUUCGACCUCAAUGAUGAGACGCGAAGCGCAGGCACCCAAACUUUCCAAACCUUCAAGGCCCGUCAAGGACUAGGGGCGUCGGUCGUUAGUUGGAGCGACAUCGUUGUGGCCUGCGCCCCCUGGCAGCACUGGAACGUCCUGGAAAAGGCCGAGGAGGCUGAGAAGACGCCCGUAGGUGGAUGCUUCGUGGCUCAGCUGCAGAACAGCGGCCGCGCAGAGUACUCGCCCUGCCGGGCCAACAUCAUGAGCCGGGUUUACCAGAAAAAUUACUUCAGCGGAGACAAGCGCUACUGUGAAGCCGGCUUCAGCUCCGUGGUCACUCAGGCUGGGGAGCUGGUGCUUGGGGCCCCUGGCGGCUACUAUUUCCUAGGUCUCCUGGCGCGGGCUCCAAUUGCCGAUAUCAUCUCGAGUUACCGCCCGGGCACCCUCUUGUGGCACGUGCCCACCCAGCAGCUCACCUUCGACUACAGCCACCCAGAGUACUUCGACGGCUACCGGGGGUACUCGGUGGCUGUAGGCGACUUCGACGGGAAUCCAAACACUACAGAGUUUGUCGUCGGUGCCCCUACCUGGAGCUGGACCCUGGGAGCGGUGGAAAUUUUGAGCUCGUACCACCAGACGCUGCACCGGCUGCAUGGAGAGCAGAUGGCUUCGUAUUUCGGGCACUCAGUGGCCGUCACUGACGUCAACAGGGACGGGAGGCAUGACCUCUUGGUGGGCGCGCCACUGUACAUGGAGAGCCGUGCUGACCGCAAGCUGGCCGAGGUGGGGCGCGUGUACUUGUUCCUGCAGACUCGAGGCCCUCACGCGCUGGGCGCCCCCAGCCUCCUGCUGACCGGCACGCAGCUCUAUGGGCGAUUUGGCUCAGCCAUCGCGCCUCUGGGCGACCUCAACCGGGAUGGCUACAACGAUGUUGCUGUGGCCGCCCCCUAUGGGGGUCCCAGCGGUCGAGGCCAAGUGUCGGUGUUCCUGGGUCAGAGUGAGGGACUUAACUCACACCCUUCCCAGGUCCUGGACAGCCCCUUCCCCACAGGCUCUGGCUUUGGCUUCUCCCUUCGAGGUGCCACAGACAUCGAUGACAAUGGAUACCCAGACCUGCUGGUGGGAGCUUACGGGGCCAACAAGGUGGUUGUGUACAGGGCUCAGCCAGUGGUGAUGGCCACUGUCCAGCUUCUGGUGCAAGAUUCGCUGAAUCCUGCUGUGAAGAAUUGUGUCCUGCCCCUGACCGAGACACCAGUGAGCUGCUUUAACAUCCAGAUGUGUGUGGGAGCCACUGGACACAACGUUCCCAAGAAGCUGCACCUAAAUGCUGAGCUGCAGCUGGACCGGCAGAAGCCCCGCCAGGGCCGGCGGGUGCUACUGCUGGCCUCUCAACAGGCGAGCACCGUCCUGGGCCUGGAUCUGAGCGGAAGGCACGGCCCCAUCUGCCACACCACCAAGGCCUUCCUCCGAGAUGAGGCCGACUUCCGGGACAAGCUGAGCCCCAUCGUGCUCAGCCUCAAUGUGUCCCUGCAGCCUGAGAAGGAUGGACUAGCCCCUGCUCUCAUGUUGCACGGAGACACCCACAUCCAGGAACAGACCCGCAUCAUUCUGGACUGUGGGGAAGACGACCUGUGUGUGCCACAGCUCCAGCUCACUGCCAGCGUGACAGGCUCCCCGCUCCUCGUUGGAGCCGAUAACGUGCUGGAGCUGCAGAUGGAAGCGGCCAACGAGGGUGAGGGUGCCUACGAGGCCGAGCUGGCCGUGCACCUGCCUCCAGGUGCACACUACAUGCGGGCCCUCAGCAACAUCGAGGGCUUUGAGAGGAUCAUCUGUAACCAGAAGCGGGAGAAUGAGACCAAGGUGGUGCUGUGUGAGCUGGGCAACCCCAUGAAGAGGAACGCCCAGAUAGGAAUCACGAUGUUAGUGAGUGUGGGGAACCUGGAAGAGGCUGGGGAGCACGUGUCCUUCCGGCUGCAGAUCAGGAGCAAGAACAGCCAGAAUCCAAACAGUGAGAUGGUGAUGCUGGAUGUGCCAGUUCGGGCAGAGGCCCAUGUGGAGCUGAGAGGGAACUCCUUUCCAGCCUCCCUGGUGGUGGCAGCAGAAGAAAGCAAGAGAGAGAACAGCUCGGACAGCUGGGGCCCCAAAGUGGAGCACACCUACGAGCUCCACAACAAUGGCCCUGGUGCUGUAAACGGCCUCCGCCUCAACCUCCGCCUCCCCGGCCAGUCCCAGCCCUCCGACCUUCUCUACAUCCUGGAUAUACAGCCCCGGGGAGGCCUUCAGUGCUCCCCACAACCAUCUCCCAACCCCCUCAAGCUGGACUGGGGGCUGCCCACCUCCAGCCCUUCCCAGGCCUAUCACAAGCGGGACCGCAGACAGGCGCUCCUGCCGGAGCAGGAGCAGCCCUCGAGGCUUCAAGGUCCAGUUUUUGUGAGCUGCGAUUCGGCGCCCUGUACUGUGGUGCAGUGUGAGCUGCAGGAGAUGGCGCGCGGGCAGCGGGUCAUGGUCACGGUGCUGGCCUUCCUGUCGCUGCCCAGCCUCCGAAAGAGGCCCCUGGAUCAGUUUGUGCUGCAGUCGCACGCUUGGUUCAACGUCUCCUCCCUUCCCUACGCCGUGCCCGCCCUCAGCCUGCCCAGCGGGGAAGCUCUGGUGCAGACACAGCUGCUUCGGGUCUUGGAGGAGAGAGACAUUCCGAUCUGGUGGGUGCUGCUAGGCGUGCUGGGUGGCCUGCUGUUGCUCACGUUCCUGGUCCUGGCCAUGUGGAAGGUUGGCUUCUUCAAGCGGAAUCGGCCACCCUUACAAGAAGAUGAUGAAGAGGAGUGAUGAGCCCAUGCAUCUCUGUCCUAGCAGGAAGGCUGGGGGUGAUGCCUGCUCUGUCCCUUCUUCUCCAGCAAGUACCCCCAGCUCUGGUCACCCAUGGGUUGGAGUUGUUUCAUGGCGGGCUCCUGAUGUCCUUCCCCACCCAUCAGAGCCAGGUCAGCCCUUUCCUGCUGCCUAAUAAAGAGGUUGAGUCCCAACCCCCAGCAUGAUGCCUCCUCUUGGGG